AUGGCCGAACCAAUAGAGCCACCAAGAGAGCUUAGUAAGGAUGACCUUACUAAGUUUGUUAUUGAGCACAUCGACAAGUACGAGCAGAUGGAAGACGACGACGAGGUACUUUGGGCUACCUUCCAAGAAGACUUUGAAGACUGGGAUGAAGAACACUUCACAACAGCAAACAAAUCCCAGGUCAUUAAGUUACGCAAGGUACUUCGUCUUAGAGGUGUAUGGAUUGAGAUAGAUAGCAAGAAGGCACUUAUGCAUGUAGCUCUUGUCAAUACUCUCAAGGAGGUUGACCCAGUCGAGUGGACAGACGAGGAGAUAUUGACUAUGAUAAAGAAUGGAGGUACGAACUCAACAAGGUUUACUCGACGACACGAGACGAUGUACGAUCCUUCCUUUCAGUACAGAGAACCUUCUCAAGCAACUCAACCUCAGAGUACACCCAUUCCUCAGAGCACUCCCAUUCCUCAAAGCACUCCUCCUGCCCAGCUGCCUACUCAAGUGCCUGCUCAAGUACCUGCCCAAGUGCCCACUCAAGUGCCCACUCAAGUGCCUACUCAACUGCCGACUCACAGCACUUCACAAGGCCUCACUCAAAGCACUUCUCAAAUCACUCAAGCACCUCAAGUCACUCCACAAGGCAUUCAUGCGUACGGACCCCCACCAGGCACAGCACAGCCAAAUCAACGCACGAACUUCCCCACCUCCUACCAGUUUCAUCAACCUCACACGAAUCCCUUCCAGCCCCAGCCCCAGCAAGUACAAGCUGCCCAGGCCACUAGUAGCACUAUACCCCCCGCACCUCCUACACCACCUAUACCACUAGUACCCCCCGCAUCUCCCGUACAACCAUGGCAGCCAACUCAUACCCAAUUGCAAGCAAAACCAGGGUAUGGACGAGAAUUGACGAACUUAGCGAAGACCUACACGGACGACAUGAAGUACGGAGGCACUGGUGACAACUUUGGACUCAAGGUUACUAUACUCUUUGAUGUCUGCACUAGGUGUGACGUACCUGAGGCAGCGUACGCAAAAGCUCUGCCCAUCAUACUCAAGGGCUUAGCUUUGGACUUCUACUACGCUACUCUUGCUACUGCCAACCUACCUUUUCAAGACCUCUGCCGUGCCAUUCAGGAUCACUUUGAGGACGCAAGCUAUAAGCGAGCUACACUCACUGAAUGGAACAACCUCAGCCUAAGCCAAGUUAAAUCCCAGAACCAGGAGAAGACGACCACUCAGUGCUUUCAACUCCUGGUUGCUAGACUUCAAGUACUUCGCCAUGGGCUUACUCAGGACCUCCAAACCGACUCUUUCCUCUCAAACAAGCUCGUGCUCGCUUGUGAAAAUAGCCCUGAAUGCCAAAUUGCAUGCUCUGCCCCACCGCCACCUUCACAGCUGUCAGCCACUAUUAGCGCUCUUAAAACCUCAAUUACUGCCCACGAGCAUACCCACAGCGCUACCUCAGGCUCUACUCUCGCAGAGAGCUACAUGACAGAUCGCAGGUUCCAAUCCUCACGUAGUAAUUCGCGUACAAGCCAGGGUCUCGGCUAUCGCGGAAGCAGCUACCGUGGAGACAACAACAAGAAGCAAUGCUUUGUUUGCAAGAAACAAGGCUGCUGGUCAACAAACCACCCUGAGCGCGAGCGUGACCAAGCCAGGGACCGCUUUAAGUCAAGAUACCAAAGCAAGCUCAGAGGACAAUUUAAUGAGCCUACAUUCGAACGGUCAUUCAGACAGUACGUCCUUGAGUACGAAGGAGGACAAUUUAAUCCCCACGACGAAGCAUUCCAAGCUGUCACACUCGAAGACAAUGAAGAACAUGAGCCCUUGA